UCGUCUUCUUUUUUCCACUCUACAGAUUCUAUAAGAGGGCCACUACAUCUCCAAACUCGUACAUUCACUGUCUUUUUAUCUCUCACUUCUCUAUCUCUCCUCUGUUCUAAUUCUCUCGGACCACAGCAAACACUCUGUUCAGCUUCGGCUCCAAUGGCGGUUCUUCCGACAUGGAUUUUAGCUAUGAUGUGUCUACUCUUCUUCGUCGGAGCAAUGGAGAACAGUACGCACGACAAGAUCUCAUCUCUCUCCAGUUCCGACGAAAAUGAAUGGAACACGCAUGCAGUGACAAAUCCAGAUGAAGUAGCGGACGAAGUUAUCGCCUUGGCUGAAAUGAGUGUAAGAAACCAUACCGAGAGGAGGAAGCUAGGUUACUUUACUUGCGGAACAGGCAACCCUAUCGACGAUUGUUGGAGAUGCGAUGCCAACUGGCACAAGAACCGCAAACGCCUAGCGGACUGUGGAAUCGGGUUCGGAAGAAACGCGAUCGGUGGACGAGACGGGCGUUUCUACGUAGUCACCGACCCAAAUGACGACAACCCGGUUAACCCUAGACCGGGGACACUACGUCACGCCGUGAUCCAAGACCGACCGCUAUGGAUCGUUUUCAAACGCGACAUGGUGAUUCAGCUAAAACAAGAGCUGAUCGUCAACAGCUUCAAAACGAUCGACGGACGCGGCGCAAACGUUCACAUCGCUAACGGCGGUUGCAUCACGAUUCAGUACGUGACGAACGUCAUCGUGCAUGGGUUGCAUAUUCAUGACUGUAGACCGACGGGUAACGCUAUGGUGAGAAGCUCAGAGACGCACUUUGGGUGGAGGACUAUGGCGGAUGGUGACGCGAUUUCGAUCUUUGGAUCGAGUCAUGUUUGGAUUGAUCACAACUCGUUGUCUCAUUGCGCUGAUGGGCUUGUGGAUGCUGUUAUGGGCUCGACGGCGAUUACCAUCUCUAACAACCAUAUGACUCAUCAUAACGAGGUUAUGUUGCUCGGACAUAGUGAUUCUUACACGAGGGAUAAAGCUAUGCAAGUUACUAUUGCUUAUAACCAUUUUGGAGUCGGACUUAUUCAAAGAAUGCCGAGGUGCCGACACGGGUAUUUCCAUGUCGUGAACAAUGACUACACUCACUGGGAAAUGUACGCGAUUGGUGGAAGCGCAAACCCGACAAUCAACAGUCAAGGAAACCGCUACGCCGCCCCGAAGAAUCCCUUUGCUAAAGAGGUGACUAAGAGAGUGGACACACCGGCUAGUCAUUGGAAAGGAUGGAACUGGAGAACGGAAGGAGAUUUGCUUCAGAACGGAGCUUAUUUCACUGCUUCUGGAGCCGCUUCAUCUGGUAGCUACGCACGUGCCUCUAGCCUCGCAGCUAAAUCUUCUUCAUUGGUCGCAACCAUUACUAACGACGCUGGAGCUCUACCUUGUCGCAGAGGACGUCAAUGUACCUCAUAGUUGUUUCUAAACCUCCUUCCAACACCAUUUACCACCAAAAUUCAAAACCAUCUUCAAUUAUAUUUAGACAAAAGUGUACAUUUUCACACAUUUGUCAUUUAAAAAAGCCAAUUAUCUUUUUUUGUGUGUGUUUUGUAUCGAUUUUUCUCAACCUCGGGUUUGCUUGCUUCAACCGCAAGUUAACACAAGUAAAGGGGGAAAAACAACCUUUCAUGUAAAAGAGAAAGUCCCGAAGUGUUGUUGGUUCUGUCUGAUAAACUCAGGUUGUUCUUCCAUUGUCUCUGUCAUUACCAAGAAAAAAAACAAGAAUAUGCUGUCUUUUCGUAUCUUU